GUCUUCAAAACAACAAUAAUAAAGUCAGAUCAAAUUGCAUGCACUUUUCAUAAUGAUUUAUCCAGGAUCAUUUAUGUAUAUACUCAUUGGUUAAAGUUUAAGCUUCUGAGUAACCAGCUUUAGUCACGCAAACCAUGGAGUCCUUGCAAGAAGGUCUAGCAGACGUAGAGUCUGUGUUGUCAGCCUCAAUGCUGCAUUGUUCAACAGUGCAUCAACAACACAUCCUCAACCUGCUAAUUCAUCGCUCGCUUGGGACAGAUGCACUGGCCAUGCGUUACAGAGGCUUCUCAUUGCUGCCAAAAUUAUCAGAUGUUUCCUCAAAUCAACGGCAAGCCAGCAAUCCUCUUCAUUCUUCACAAGAAAAUCAAUUACAAGCAUCCAGGAAUUUUGUAGAAAAUUUGACUGAACUUUCAUUAAAUUGCCCAGACUCUGUGCCUUCUCAGCCUGAAAAGUUUACUAAUGGCAAUGUUUCAAGAAAUUGUGAAGAAAAUUUGGAACUUUCCUCAUUGAGAAGAUCCUGUGAUCAACCUGAUAUCUCAAGAAGUUCUCAAGAAAACGGUCUUGAUAAAUCUGGAGAAAGUCUUCACACUUCUGAAGACAAUCUCCAGCAUUUAUUAAUGUCAGGCUGCCCACCAAAUCCAUCACGUCUAGAAUCCAUGGAUCUUUUUGGCGAGUUAUCCACGGACAACAACCCAUCAGUGUUCCCAAUGCAGCAGGAGUUCAGACGCAAGUUAUGUCUGGGAUCAUAUAAUGCUGGAGGCAUACCUUUAAAUGAUCUGGGUGAGGAAUUGGAAUCUACGCCUUCAGAUAUUCCUGUAAAUCACGUGGAUGAUAAGAACCACACGCGUUAUCUUGGCAUGUGUGUCAAAAAACUUCUAAGUCAGGAUGAAUUUUUGAAAAAUGACUUGAAAAGUGCUCGGCAAAAUUCUGCACGUACAAAAAAGAAUCCUGCAGCGUGUGGAGGGUUUGAUACCACACGAGAAGCUCUGACGGUGGCUGCCGAGGAGGCCACGGUUAUGAACAGUCCCAUCAAUUAUCAAAUAUUAAUUUAUUUACUAUUUCAUGCCUCAUGCCACGGCAACCGCACGGUGAUGGUGUGGCUGAGCGCCACAGGAGCGCUGGUGCGGGUCCUGCGUGGCCACAUGCGGUCCGUGUGGUGCGCCACAUUCCACCCACGCCACAGCCACCUCCUCGCCACAGCCUGCCUGGGGGACCUCGUCCUGGUGUGGCAUGAG